UAAAACGCUUGUGUCUGUCGUACAUCCACACACAGGUGACAUUGCAGUUCAUUUCUAGUGACUCAACAGCAUUGAGAAGACUGAAUAAUGAUCACCAAGAUAUUUGCAAGCUGGUUCUUUCUUGCUUCAAGUGCCUUUAUACCAGUGUCCACUGAGAAAUGUACGACCCGGUGGUUCGACCGUGAUAAUCCAGGUGGAAUGGGAGACUAUGAGCUUUUGUCUGACCUGCUCAUUUCAUACCCCGGGUUUAUAUGUCCUAAUCCAAUCGGCAUUGAGGCUCAGACCGUUUCUGGCGCUUCAGUAUCAAACGUAUUUCAAGUAUAUUCCGCCACCCAGGGGUUUGCUUGUGUAAAUGCAGCACAAGCUGGAGGGGUUUGUGCUGACUAUAAAGUGCGCUUUAUCUGCCCAGAAGCGUUUUGCUCAAGUUGUAGGACACCCUGGAUAGAUCGAGAUAACCCUGGAGGCGUUGGAGACUUCGAGACCCUCAAUCAUAUUCAGAUGGAAUACCCGCUACUGGUCUGCCCUCAACCCAUUGCAAUUGAGGUCACAACCCUUAGUGGGACCCAAGUACAGCAGACUGCAAGCAUUUUUGAAGUAUUUGACCCACUACAGGGCUUUGCCUGUGUUAACGGGAAUCUGUCAUGUCUGGACUACAGGGUCCGUUUUACAUGUCCACGGAAUUUUUGCCUCCCAAAGUGUAUAACUCAGUGGUUUGAUCGUGAUGACCCCAGUGGGAAAGGAGACUACGAGUACUUGUCUGAUCUUCUCAAUGAGUAUCCUGGGUUAAUAUGUCCUAAUCCAAUCGGAAUAGAGGUUCAGACCAUCUCUGGCCAACCAGCCUUCCAAACAGGAAAUAUUUUUCAAGCGUAUAACCCUACCUCUGGGUUUGCUUGUGUAAAUGCAGCACAAGCUGGAGGGGUUUGUGCUGACUAUAAAGUGCGCUUUAUCUGCCCAGAAGCGUUUUGCUCAAGUUGUAGGACACCCUGGAUAGAUCGAGAUAACCCUGGAGGCGUUGGAGACUUCGAGACCCUCAAUCAUAUUCAGAUGGAAUACCCGCUACUGGUCUGCCCUCAACCCAUUGCAAUUGAGGUCACAACCCUUAGUGGGACCCAAGUACAGCAGACUGCAAGCAUUUUUGAAGUAUUUGACCCACUACAGGGCUUUGCCUGUGUUAACGGGAAUCUGUCAUGUCUGGACUACAGGGUCCGUUUUACAUGUCCACAGAAUUUUUGCCUCCCAAAGUGUAUAACUCAGUGGUUUGAUCGUGAUGACCCCAGUGGGGAAGGAGACUACGAGUACUUGUCUGAUCUUCUCAAUGAGUAUCCUGGGUUAAUAUGUCCUAAUCCAAUCGGAAUAGAGGUUCAGAACAUCUCUGGCCAACCAGCCUUCCAAACAGGAAAUAUUUUUCAAGCGUAUAACCCUACCUCUGGGUUUGCUUGUGUAAAUGCAAACCAAGGAGGAGGGCAGUGUGCCGAUUAUAGGGUGCGCUUUCUCUGCCCAGAUACGUUUUGCUCAACUUGUAGGAAACCCUGGAUAGAUCGAGAUAACCCUGGAGGUGUUGGAGACUAUGAGACCCUGGCACACAUUCUGGUGGAAACCCCACAACUGGCCUGUCCUCAGCCCAUUGCAAUUGAGGUUGCAACCAUUAUCGGGACCCCGACACUGCCAACUGAAAACAAUUUUGAAAUAUAUGACCCAUUACAAGGCUUUGGCUGCAGGAACACACAGCAGACUGGAGGCGACUGUCAGGACUACAAGGUCCGUUUCACAUGUCCAGUGAGUUUCUGCUAGAGCAUCAAGUCCUCGAGUCACAAGCAUCUCAAAUAUUUUGCCACAUUGAAAAAAAAUGAUUGAAACCUCUUGUUUUUUAUUACUAUGACUAAAUGUUUUUAAAUAAACAUUUAUUUGCA